CGACGGACCAGUCCCAACAAUAUGUUUUGAAGAUCUCACAUUCAUUUUGGAGUUUUGCUACUUUCUUUAGCCAUCUUCUUAAGAUUGUAUCCUUUAGUACACAUACUUCUUCCACCCCUUUCGAGGCCACCAUUGCGAAGAGUGAAGCGGUCCCCGUUUGAUUUCCUCUCAUUUGCGUUAUCGUGUAGGACAUUGCCUAUACUAUUUACCAAAGCAACCGUUUGCGGCACUUGUCCCCAAUAUUGUGAUCCUGUUUCUGUAUAUCAUUCCCUAACAGGACCGGGAACUCAACAGGGGUCAACGGAGUAUCAAGCGCCUGAUUCUGCCAGCACCGCAGGUCAACUAUGGUUUUUUGUGGUCGACCCUCUAAAGGAUGUCAUGCAUGCCGAGCCAGAAAGACAAAAUGUGAUGCAGUACCCACUGGGUGCACUCAGUGUUCUAAUGCGGGUCGAAAAUGCCCCGGGUAUAGAUCCCAAGUUGAUGUGAUUUUCCGGGAGGAAACUAAAAACGUGAUUAAAAAAGCAAAGGUUAAACACGACAAGGUCAAGCAAAAGAGCGCAGAAUCCGUUUCUCCCAACUCCAGUACUUCUUGUUCAACCACCCAUUCGCCGUAUUCAAGUCGAGGAAACUCACCACGCGAUAUCGUUAAAGCUCCUCAAUUCAACCAGGUUAUCUCUGUCAAUUAUCUCAAUAUAACGCCAUCAAUUGAAGAUAGAGCUACCGCAUUCUUUCUAUCAAACUAUGUGAUAGGCGAUAGUGGUCCAACUCGAGGACACCUUGAUCAUCUUUCUGAUUUGUACGAAUCCGAUAGUAUAGAUGAUAAUCUUGUCGCUGCUGUCCAAGCAGUGGGCCUGGCCGGUUAUGCACACUCGGCGAAAGCUCCCCAUCUUAUCUAUCCAGCACGCGCACAAUAUGCCAAAUCACUUCAGCUUACCAACACUGCCCUUCAAUCUCCAACUGCCGUCAAGAGAGACAGUACUUUAUUAGCAAUUUUGAUCCUCGGCAUCUUCGAAACUAUCACAGGUAGUAAUCAAAAGUCGAUGAAAGCAUGGGCAGAACACAUUCAUGGUGCCGCGGCAGUUGUCAAGCUUCGAGGCCCGGAAGCUAUUAAGACAAGCGGGGGUAUACGCUUGUUAGCACAAGUUACUUCGAGCCUGCUGAUAUCAUGCAUCCAGAGGAAUAUCCCACUACCAAAAUAUAUCGUUGAAAUUACAGAAUUUGCAGAAAAGGAUAUGACAAAUGUUGAUCCGGCCUGGAUCGCUCAAAGAAUAAUGAUUGACUACACAUCUUUCAAUGCUAGAUAUCACGCAGGUUAUUAUAGUGAUGCUCAGGAGCUUCUUGAUGAUGCCGAGGCCUUGGACGAGAGAUUUCUCGCCUUUUUCACAAACAUACCGAAAGGGUGGGAAUUUGCAAUAGUUCAGACGGACAAAGAUCCGGGUGUUGUGUUUGAUGGCUACUAUCACGUAUAUUACGAUCACUGGGUAGCUCAAAUCUGGAAUGCAAUAAGAGAACUCAGAAUCUUACUCAAUGAAACGAUCAGAGAGGUCUUAUUGAAAGAUUUUACUGCUCUUGUACCAUCGUUACUUGGGUCCGAAUACGCAGAGCGAUUCCAGAUCUGCACCAAAAUAAUCUACCACCUACAGGCAGAGAUUCUUGCAAGUGUACCGCAACAUAUAGGCUACGUUUCGAGGAACAGUGGGCAUACACAACUCUGGAGUGGCUUCGAGAAAGAUGGGUUUGGAACAGAUUUCCCUACCAUUAGAUUCUCGGGUGGAUAUUUCAUGAUUUGGCCACUAUUCCUAGUAGGAAAUCUUCGCCUUUCGACUCCAGAGGUUCGAGCGUUUUGUGUUAAGAAUUUGCGAUACAUUGGAACACAGAUGGGGAUCGAACAUGCAAAUCUGCUGGCUACUAUUAUGGAAAAAAAGAUUCCUGUAACUGUGUGGCAUGAGCCGAGACCGCAGCUCUCUAGUAGAAUCAUGGAUGAAGAUUUUUCCAAUGAUCAUGAGAACCAAAGUCAGGGAAUAGAGUAACACAACACAGUCCCCUGUUUAAGUUGUCAGGGUUUGCUUAAUUGAAACCUGUAUUUUGAUUUCUCAACCGACUUACGACUAGCGGGUAAUGGCAUGAUGGUGAUGGCGCUGGCUCUAUGAGAAAUUUUAUCAUCUUAUUACGUAUCGCACGUUCAACAACUCCUCAUUAAACCACUAUAUGAUCGAAGUCAGCCAGUUCAAACAUAGCAGUACAACGGCCACCGCCAGCAAUUACCUCUCCAUAUUCGGCCAUAUCUAAAAGAUUAUGCAAGCGAUGUGUUGCUCCACACCGUUUUCUUCGAUACGUAUCGAAAAGCUCUUACAGAAACAGCAUCUUUUGUGAUGCGAGACAAAUUUGAGAUCGUAGCCGACCAGACUUUGCAAAAAGAUUUGUCGCAUAUAAUACUAUAGGGAUAGAGACAGUAGACAGUAGAAAGUAAAUUCUAGUUAGAAUAUCCUAUAGAAUCGUUCUACUAUCCAACAGAUAUACCCAUCCAUCUCAUGGAAUAGGCAGGAAGAGCUAUAAUCAACCCCACGGUGGAGACGUCCAUUGCGCAGCUCUGGAAGCCUUUCUCAUACUUAGAUUUGUGCCAAAGAAGAAUCCAAAUUAGAUGCCCAAGGAGGACUCAGAAGGAUUUCGGGUUUUGUUGCAGGUACGUCAUGAAUAGGUACCUAGGCAAAGAUAGUCGAUCAACUAGUCUUUCUGCCACACAGACCAACACGUAACAAAAGGAAAGGUCAUACCAUAGACUGUGUCAAUUUGUGGUGGAAUUUGUUAUUACGGAUAAAUUGUGGGACAUUGGUGGAAUGAACUUAACCUGUAAAUUGAGUAAAGCUAUUUUCUUUUUAGUUCGACGUGAUUCAUUAUGAUUCAAUCUUGGUUUGUUCGGAGGAUAGUUAUCCUGAAAGCUGUCUUGAUACUUGC